CACCAGGGGUGGGUGGGGAGAAGAACGUGUUCAGACUGUAAGAACCAGAGGAGGGAUUCGCGCGCUCCUCCGGGGAAGAAGACAAUUCACUAUUCCAACUCACUAAUAAAUGCGCCAGAAAACCUGCAAUCAAUUCAGCAUGAGAGCGGCACGAGUUCCUCGCGCAGCGUAUUGUACUCUACUGUAUCUGUAUUGUAUUGUAUCUGUAUUUGUAUCGUGGCAGCACCACAAGUGACAUGCACAUUCACACCCCCUCUCUCUGAGAAUCAUCUCAUCUCUCGCCUUAUCUUCUCCGCCGGAUUCUUCUUCCUCCUCGUUCCCGUCGACGCCUGCAUUCGCCGUACUUCCCUGAGUAAUCUAGGGUUAUAAGAAGGACAUUCGAGAAUGGAUGCAUCCCGGCUUGAGGACGUCUCCAAGGAGUUCUUGGUGAACGAGCUGAUGGAUGUAUUGGUGGAGCCUCACUUGCCAAUGCGCAUUCCUCCCGGACCUCCGCCUCUCAAUAAGCAGGAAUCCGUAGCCAAACAGCUGCGUGCAGUUGUGUUGCUUUACAACUACUACCACCGGAAACAAUAUCCACAAGCAGAAUAUUUGGAUUUUGAGGCAUUUUGCAAGUUGGUUGUUACUCUAAAGCCAGUUUUAGCUUGGCAUAUGAAUUGCAAGCCUCAGUCAGAUUCUGUGGAGUUAACUGACUUUGAAAAGCAGUUUUCUAUAACAGAAAGAGCAAUCCAAGAUGCAUGCAACAUAUCCUUGAUUCUCGAUGCAUCGCAAACUAAUCCCGCUAUAGAAGGAUGGGGGAUUUCAAAAGUUUCUGUUUUCUUAGUUGACCAUAGCAAGGAAAAAUGUUUCCUGAAGUUUGGUCUUGUCAAUGAUGGGGUUUGGUCUGUUCCUGAAAAAGAUCUUAGUGCCCCAUCCCGUGAUUCAGAACACAUGAAUAAAAGAAAGCGAAUUGGUGAAACUUCAUUAACAAGUGAACCAAAUACCAGUGAGUCAAGAUUACAACGGCUUGCGUUUUUAGCAGCUCAAGAUGCAACAGGUCUUAAACGAUCUGAUCUUGUUGUUUUGGAGAAGCACAUUGUGUAUUCUUUAAGCAAAGCAAAGACAACUGCUUGUUUUUACAUAAUCCAAUGCAGUAAACCACCAAAGCCAGAUUUUAUAAUUCCUGUUAAAGACACUAUCAAGAGCUUGCAGGGCCCACUUUUAGAUAAGAGUUCUGGUCGUUGGUUUACUACUCCUGUUGUGGAGAAUUUUCAUUUGCUUCCUUAUGCCACUAUCUUAUCAGCCUGGCAUUUGCGGGAUAAAACUCCAAGUGGUUUGCAAAAUUCAAUUUCUAUAUGCACUAGGGAUGCAAACGAAAAUACAAUGUUGGAAAUGGGGGAUACAAGCAUCAAGAUGCUGGGUAGCUCAGAUAACAAAUGCAACAAUAUGGUUUCUGAAAUAAAUGAGAACUGUGACAACAUAACUAAUUAUGCAAAUUCUAGUAGCAAAGAGGUGGGAAAUGACAUUGCAUCUUUCAAAAUGGGAGAUACAAGCAUCAAGAUGCCAGAUUUCUCAGAUAACCACGACAUCAAUGCUGUUUAUGAAAUAAAUGUGAACAACAACGAUGGUGCCAAUUAUACAAAAUCUAGUGGCGAACAGGUAGGGAAUGAAAAUGCAGCUCCAAAGAUGGAGGAUACAAGCAUCAUGAUGGCUGAUUGUUCAUACAAGCACUGCAAUGAUGUGGUCGGUGAAAUAUACAAAAAUUGCAACAUGAGUUCCCAUCAAGCAAUUUCAAUUGGCGAAGGGUUAAGGAAUGAAAUUGCACACUCAAAGACAGGGGACACUAGCAUCAAGAUGUUGGAUUUCUCAGAUAACCACUGCAACAGUAUAGCUGGUGAAAUAAACAAGUGCUAUGACAUGAGUUCCUGUUUUGAAAAAUCAGGUGGCGUAGAGGUAGGGAAUGAAGUUUCAUCUUCCAAAAUGGGAGAUACAAACAUCAUGAUAAAGGAUUGCUCAGAUAACCAUUGCAGCAGUAUGGGUUGGGAAUUAACUGAGAAGCGUGACAAGAGUACCCAUGAGUCGAAUGACCAAACAGACGAUUCAAUAGAUGUUGUAACAGGGGCAGCUGGAAAAGAAAUUAUUUCAGCAUCUAAGGGAAAGGCAUCAGUGGAGACUGUACUUGGUGUUCUCUACAAGAAAAAGGAGGCACUGUGUAAUAAGAAGCGUCGUAUAGAAGAGAAGCUAGCAUUGUAUGAGAAAAGCAUCCAUGAAGUUUUAGAUGGUAGGGAAGAUGAUUUGACACUAGAGGUAAAAACAGUUGAUAAGUUUUGUGAUGAAAUAUGCUCAAUGGGAACUCGCAUCCAAGAAGUACAAGAUCAACAUUUUGUAGACUUGGGUUCUCCUCAAGGUGUGAAUAGCAAGAUAAAUGAAGGUGUUGCUCACUCGCUUCAACAUGCAAGCCAGGAGCUGGAUGCUGUAUGUUCUGCAAAUGGCUGGGGGCGUCCCACAUUUGAGUGUUCCUCAACUUACGGUGGUUUUUGUAUAAAAGUGACGGUGCAAGGAGCGAGCUUUGAAUGCGCUUGCAAUGGCGACAAAUACUCCGAUUCCUUUGAGGCACGGGAUUCAGCUGCCGCUAGGAUGGUUUCCAGGCUGGGCACCAUGACCGACAUGAUCUUCGAGAGCUUUGGCUUUUGAACCCUUUUAUUGUAUUUGUAUUACUGAACAUUGGUUUGGUUUCUGUCUGAUUCAAACUGACUAACUGACUGUUCAUUG